GCGUCACUUCCUGUUAUCAGUAGUUGACAAGUGCGAGUCUUGAAAGGUUUUAACUGUCUGUGGAUGAGAGUUAUCUCUGUAUUAACGUGGAAAUAACACCGUAGGACUUUCGAACAAGCAGUACCUAUGCGAGUCAAGGACGGAGAACAGCCCACCAUGGAAGAAGGGGUUUCUGCCGAUGCUGUCGGCAGACGAAUAAGCUGUGACGGGGAGCGAGCCACCGUGCACUUUGUUGGGACAGUGCCUCCGACCAAAGGCGUGUGGCUUGGUGUGGAGUGGGACAAUCCAGAGAGAGGCAAACAUGACGGCUCCCACGAGGGUGUCCAUUAUUUUACUUGCAGACACCCCACCGGUGGCUCGUUCGUGCGCCCCAAGAAGGCCAGCUUCGGGGUGGACUUCCUCGUGGCCCUGAGGCAGCGGUACGAGAAGGAGCGAGAGGGCAUGGACUUCACCAUCUCCUCCACCACACUGGAGAUGGUGGGGUUCCAGAAGCUGUCGGAGAAGCAGAGAGUGGAGAAGCUCAAAGAGGUGGCCCUUAGGAGCUCUGAGGUCUGGGGAACUGCCUCUCGAGAUGAGAUACAAAAGACCGCUCCAGAUGUAGAAUUUCUAGAUCUUUCUCAGAACCUGCUGAGCUCGUGGGAGGCCCUGGCAGCCAUCACAGAACAGAUGGAGAAGCUCAGGGCACUUCAGAUGGGGUACAACAGGCUGUCGUUGCCCUCUGACCCUUCAACUCUGACUCAUGCCUUCACCAGCCUCAGGGUCCUGGCCCUUCCUGAUUGUGGCCUCACGUGGCCUGAGGUGCUGCAGUGCGCGUGCAUGUGGCCCAGUGUGGAGGAGCUCUACCUCAGGGAGAACAACAUCACCCACCUGCAGCGGCCUGUUGAUGUUCUGCAGUCCUUGACCCAUCUAGAUCUCUCCAGGAAUCCAUUAACUUCAGAAACACUGACAGAAAUCGGAAAACUCCCUCAGCUGGACACCCUGAAUCUUUCAGAGACUGGACUAGCUAGUGUAGAGUUCAAUGAUGUGCCACCAGGCUCUAAGACGGCUAUGUUCCCCGCACUGCAGAAACUAACACUAAUGGACAGCAAAAUUGAAGAGUGGUGUGUGGUGAAUGAGCUGGAGAAGUUGCGCUCCCUGGUGCAGCUGAUGCUGCAGAGGAACCCGCUGAUGGAGCGCGAGCGGAACCCUCAGACGGCCUGCCAGCUCGCCAUCGCACGCGUGGGCCAGCUCACCAAGCUCAACAGCACCUCCGAGAUCCUGCCUGCUGAGCGGCGUGGAGCAGAGCUGGACUACAUCAAGAUGUUUGGGAGGCAGUGGCUGGAAUCUGGAGGACACCAGGACCCAGAGAAGAACAACCCCAGCGCUGAGUUCACCACGCAGCACCCGCGCUACAUGACCCUCAUACAGA